AUGGAGUUUUCUUCCUCACCGCCCGCCGGCAGGCGCCGACUCGCCUUCGAAGACAUCGACGACGACGAGCUCAGCGUGGUCGAACAAUCACCUUAUUUCACUCAGCCAACCCAAAUUGUAGAGCAUCCAACUUCGCGGCCUCAGCCAAUGGCCGGCUCGUCGCCCAAAUCCAUCGUGGAAGUGCCCGCUUCGUCUCCCUUCAGACCGCAAUCUCUUCUGCAACGAUCGGGACGACUGGCCAACUCGAUCGCGCCUGCUGGCACCGCCUUCAGAGCACCCGCUCGUCAGCCAUUGCCCCUUCAGAAGAGCGCACCGAAGCGGGAGUAUAUCAUGAUUUCCGACGACGAGCUAGAUGCGCCUAUAUACGCGGGUGGCGAUUCGUCGGACGACGACACUCAACCGUCGAGGGGUGAUAUUCGUCCUUCCUCGUUCCAGCGUCGGGAGAGGGAUUCUUCCAAUUCGGCGACGGAAAAAAACUCGAAAGUUGCAAAGGACGCCAAACCCUCUUCAGGCGAUCGAAUAACGAGUUCCGCGAAGCCAUACGUGCUGCAAAGGGACUGGGUGUCGGUUUCAUCGUCACAAGAGAGUUUAGGCUCGUUGCGGAAACCCUCACCCGAUUUGAGGGCAGGGAAAGGCUCUGAAGCUGCAAAAGAUACCAAAACAUCCUCUGGCGGCCGGGUAACGAGCUCCGCGAAGCCAUACGUGCUUCAAAAGGAUUGGGUCAUUCCUUCAUCACAAGAGAGUCUGGAGUCGUUGCGGAAAUCAUCACCUCCAAAACCGAAGGCCCGACGGCGACUCGUACAAGGCCGUCGUCCCCGCGCAUCUAGUCCUGGGAGCUCGCAGCCAAAUCCAAGCCAUUCCUCAGUUUCCAAACAACAAUUGAUUGACCUCGUUAGCGACGACGAUGGCACGGACGCAUACAGACAGACAAAGGCUUCUCCCGGGCCCGAAUCUUCUCAAGGCGAGACUGCAGAAAAAAGCUCCUUUGAUGAGCGGGUCCUCAAUUAUCUGAACACGUGCGAUGUUAUGCAGCUAGUUGCGAUUGCAAAUGUCAAAGAGGAUAGCGCAAAGGUCAUGGUGGCGCGGCAACCGUUUGGCGACCUGGACGAAGCGAGGAGAGUGACCAUGUCGCGAAAGAAAAAGGGCAGGAAAUCGGCGAAAGUCUCCAUUGGUGACGAGAUCGUGUCGGCGGUCAAGUCCUAUGCGCGCUCCUUGGAUGAGAUCGACCACAUAAUCGCCGUGUGUGAAUCUCAAGCCGACUUCAUCAAAUCAACCACAUCCAAAUGGCAACUCGACCAAACCGGGCAGCCACGAAACGAAACGAAGAUGGACGAUGGGAAGCCGCUAACUCCCAUCAGCAUAGGGGACUCUGUGAAAUUCACUGAGAUCCCUUUGCGCCAGCCGAAACUCAUGGAGGGCUGUACUAUGAAACCCUUCCAAAUCUACGGCCUCAAUUGGCUAUAUCUGCUGUAUAAGAACCAGUACGGAGGAAUCUUAGCUGACGACAUGGGUCUCGGCAAAACAUGUCAAGUCAUCUCACUCAUGUGUGCAAUCGUGGAAGACUGGGAGACAUACGGGCAGGAAGAAGCCAAUCGGCCGUGGCCCAACGUUAUCUUCGUCCCACCCUCUACCCUGGCGAACUGGGCGGCAGAAUUCAAGAGGUUUGCGCCAAAGCUCAACGUCACCCUCUACCAGGGCAACCAAUCGGCCAGAGACCAGAUCGCGGACGAUAUCCUGGAUGACCCGGCGAGCCACCAUGUCGUUCUAACAUCGUACUCUCAGCUCUCUCGCCAUGAUGACAUAUCCAAUCUCCGCCGGCUCCAGCCCACGGUGGCCGUGUUUGACGAGGGCCACAAAAUGAAAAACCCGAAAACCAAGUUGUACAGAGAUCUGCUCCGUAUCACGGCAACCUGGCGUCUCGUUUUGUCCGGAACUCCUGUCCAAAACAACUUGAUGGAAAUGAUUGCACUACUCCAGUUCGUCGAGCCGCGUCUCUUCCAAGAUCAUUUUGAUAAUCUCCAGGCGCUUUUCAACCAGAAACUCUCCUUGAUGGCAGUGUCGAAGGGCGCUCUACUGCAUAGCGAGCGGGUAGCUCGUGCCCGGACAAUAUUGGAACCGUUCAUACUCCAGCGGAGAAAGGAGCAGGUGCUCCGGGAUCUGCCCGCAAAGACAGCGAGAGUCAUCACUUGCAAAAUGGAUCCUGUCCAAGAGUCUCUGUAUCGAGAAUACGAGAGACGGUUCAAAGACGAUUCCCUGGGCUCCAGCGCCGCGGUCAAAGAGGGCCGCGAUAACGAUACCAACAAUGUCUGGAUACAGUUGAGAAAAUCGGCUCUCCAUCCCCAGCUGUUCCGCCGUUUCUUCAAGGAUCGAGACGUCGAGAAAAUGGCCGAAAUUUUGAUGAAGAGAGUCCCACAGUCGGAGUUGAAGCAGCCAAGGCUUGACCACUUGAUAAAUGAGCUCAAGGCGCUAUCCGACUUUGAGCUUCAUCUCUGGUGCAGAGACUACCGCUGCAUCAGGAGCUACGACCUUCCCGCCGGUUCCUGGAUGGAUUGUGCAAAGGUCCGGGAGUUGCUCAAGCUAAUCAAAGAAUACCAAGCAAACGGGGAUCGUGCACUGGUGUUCACCAGAUUCGCGAAGGUCAUCGAGAUACUCGGAGAGUGUCUCGCCUCGGAAGGCAUCGGAUACCUUUCGCUGCAGGGAAAUACCGAUGUCAGUGAGCGGCAGGAGUUGAUCAACGAGUUCAAUUCGGAUGAGUCGAUCCCUGUUUUCCUCCUGACGACUGGCUCGGGAGGCACGGGCAUCAACCUUACUGCCGCCAACAAAAUCAUAAUUUUUGACCAGUCCGACAAUCCCCAGGAUGACAUCCAGGCCGAGAAUCGAGCCCACCGACUGGGGCAGACGCGGCCAGUCGAGGUCAUCCGGCUGAUCAGCGAAGGCACCGUUGAGGAACUUGUAUACAAGGCAUGCGAGAAAAAACUCGAACUUGCCAACAAAGUGACGGGCUGGAGCAGCGUCGAAAUGAGUUCCAGCGAGAUGGAGUCAACCGUCAAGACCGAGUUACUCCGCCAAAAGAUCCCUACACCACCGAUUGGAGACUGA